AUGAGUGAUUCCAAGAGAUCGUUAAAAGAAAUUCUGGAUUCCGAGUACGUGGAAGACAGUGAGAAUGAGGAAGCCGUUUUUGAAGAAAGCAAUGAACCAGAGAGUGAAGGAGAACGUGAUCCUAGUGUAUGUAAUGAAUGUAGGGAUAUGACAACCACUACAAUUUGCAAUGAUUGCGAGGAAAACUUCUGCCAAGUAUGUUUUGAAAUGAUUCAUAGGGGCGGUAAAAGACGUAAUCACGAAUAUGUCAAGCUCGAUAGUGAUAACCAUGAGAACGGCACUGCCCCUAAUGAAUUGCCAGACAGUCAGCAAGAACAAAAAUCGAAGCAUGAUAAAAUAAACUCUUUCGAAGCGUCCCCCGCAAAUGAAGAAUCAGCGGUAAAUGCGAACGACAACCCAACAUCGAUUGAUACCAAAUUGUUAUCAAUUCUCAAUAGAAAUGCAUCUUUCAUACCAAUGCGGUUAACAUUUGAAGAAAGGCAUUUACUCAGGCUCUUAGAAGCAGCUUUGCAGGUGUCUGAAUAUACAGACAGAGUUGAUAUUUUAUCGUACAAGUCGAAGCCGAAGAGAAUUGUUGAACAACUGAAGGAAAUCUGUUCGGUUUUGUCAGGAUUAGUUGUUGCUUCUAAUAUGAAGAUCGGCCAGAAACUUUUGGAAAUGAAAAACUUCAGCGACAACGCUAAAUGGUUCCAAGAUGUAUUUGAAAUUGGUAGACGUUAUAAAAUCAUGAACCCUGAAAGGAUGAGGGAUACCUAUGGUAAACUUUGUUAUAUGGUCAUGGAUUCAAGACUGCCCCAAAUCGAAGAGCAUAUGGAAUUUCAUCUUUAUAAACCGAUCAAGACGGUUUAUUCAUUUUUGAAUUCAAGGCCUGAAGAUGGUGCUAAAGCUUUAGGCCUAUUGAAGGAUAAAGAAACACUUAUAGCGACAUCGAGUAUCUCACCCGUUGGAAAAGGGAGAACUCAAAUAACCAGGUUGAUCAAGCAGAAGGAAAAUGCGAUUGAACGUUUAGCUUCACGUUAUAGCAGCAAGUAUUUUUCUAAAGAGGAUAUUAGACAAGUUCUAUACUCAAUCGGUGAUUACAAUGGCUACAUAAACAUGAAUAGAAGACCAAUUAUGAGGAUGCUGGAACGUUUGGAACUCUUUCGUCAACCAGAAAUUGCUGAAAAAUACUCAAUUGGCAUUCAUUAUGGUAGAGAUGGUGCACGUUUAACACAUGAUCAUGAAAAGCAAUGGCAUUAUGCUCAGCAGUCCUUAACCUUGUGGUCAUUAAUCCAAAGAGAGAUGGUGCGUCUUUGGUAUAUGGCUGAUACAGAUUUGUUCGAUGGCAGUCAAUACAAAUUGGCUUCCACGGGGCAUGGUCUACAUCGUAUCAAGCCCUGCCCUACUAUCUAUAAAGAGAUGCAUAAGAUAAUUUCCGAAUGUAGAUCGAAGACUCAUACCUGGGUAGGAUCUUCAGUGGUCCAUCUCGGUGAUGAUGCUGUUCCAAACGCAUUAUUCUUUCUUGAUAAAUAUACACAAGUACCAACCAUACUAAUCCCAUUUGAUCAAACACUCAUGAAAAUUAAUGAACUUGUCAAAGAUGACCAGUUGUUGUUAGAAUAUAUCAAUAAGGACUACGGAUCUGUCGAAGACUUGAAACUAACAAUUUUACAGGAUGCAUUCGCCCAUAUGUUUGAUGGAUCAGGCGCCGACAAUUUCUACAUGAGUGGCUCCUGUAUUGAUGGAAGACUGACAUCGGCAUGGAAUCACUGCAAUGAAAUUUCAAAGAAAAAGUAUUACAGCAUAUUUCUAUUGUCGUCAUUUACUGGUUUCAAUGGAUCAGAAGGCUUUUGA